AUGGCGCAUUAUCAAGGUCGGAAAGAAGAAGAAUCUUCGAGAGUAGGAAGAAGUCAAGAAGAUGUGACAUAUAUUGCGCCAGGAACACCAAUGCACCCAACUUCAUCCUUUACUCCAAUCAACCAUGGGCAUACAAAUAAUAUCAACUCAGUAUUACCUUUAACGCGAAAAAUUGAUCCAUUGAAAACUUUGCGCAAUACCGAUAUCUACGAUCUUAAAGAUGAGAGUACAAGUCUUCCGACUCCAGGUGGUAAAAAGCUACCGAAAUCACGCUCAAAGAAUGGCCGUGCGAAAACAUCACCCAGUUCAGUAUUGCCUAAUAAAGGUCUGGCGGAAGUCUGUGAUUUUGAACAAUUGGAGGUAUCUUCACCGAAGAGGAGAAAAAUUCACACGAAAGGAACGCAACCCAUAUUCAAAAUCCCUUCCAGAGUACAAUCAAUAUCUGCCAGUGAAGGUCUUCGAGAUUUAUCCAGCGAAUUAAAUGAUGGGCCUUCUGUCUCUCAAUUUACUACACCAUCUGAAACUCAUAAAAGGUCUAAGAAGAGAGUGUCUUGUGGUAUGGUUAGCAAGCGGAAGAAAUCUUCGGAAUUAUUUGAGAGCUUGACCAUUACUAAACCAUCACUACCUUCCUUCACCUCAAAGCACUCAAGAGAGCAAUCGCAAUCUAUUAAUCGACUACAAGGUUUUACAACAACCGAGGAGCAGCUGAAACUUAAUUCCAACGGAAUAGCAAGUACAACUCUACAGAAAUUGGCAGCCUUCAAACAUGUACCUCGCGAUGAGAAUCCAUCGGCAAAUCAGCCAAUAGUUGCAAGCAAAACAGCAGGUAGUCAUGUAGCCUUGGAUCAGUAUCAUGAUGGACACGUCUUUGAAGAACCAAAUCAACCUUUGACGGACUAUGGGCACAUGUCAAGUGGUUCAUUUUUCGAAGAGGCUUUAUGGAUUCCAAAGCAAUUGCCCGAAAGUAGUGAUUCUGAGGUUACUUGUCCUAACGUAUCCGGAUUUCACUCCCACCCAACAACUGCAAUAACACCUGCUAUGCAGCACAUUCCAGAUCAUGUUGAGUGUUCAUCAAAGCCGCCUGAGUACAUCUCUACGGCCACUAGGGUCGGAGCAUUGAAAAAUGUUUCGGAUGAAGUUGUUGUCGAUGGUAUUGAUAGACAGCAAUUUCAGCAAGGACCACCUACGGUUAACAACAAUGAAUUUAACCAGCUCAGCGGUAUGAGUCCCGAUUUGCAAAAACACAAACCACAAGUAUAUGCUCACCUGCCAAGCACAAGUUCCGAGCAAGAACAGGCACAUGCAGAGACUCCUCAAGACUCAACAAUACUUCCGCCGAUGACAACGUUUGAAAGACAUCAGGCGGACAUUCAAGCUGAACAAUUAAAUAUUGGUGAUAGCGAGUCAGUGCCCACGAAUGAGCCCCAAGAUUACUUCGACAGCGAUGACUUCGACGAUGAUAUUGAUGACGAUGAUCUGCUAGCAUUAGUUACAGAUCCUGCUGUACCAGAAACCUCUACUGAAAGUCACAUCGCGAAAGGCACUGCGAUGGAAUCACUCCCACCUUUCGUACCAUAUAAGGCUGGCCUUGCAUGCACAAACAUGACACGCUCGAAUCCUACCACCAAUCCUCUGCAAGGAGUCACCCAUCCUGCGUCUUCACCCGUUCUAGUGGAUGAGGAGGAUGAUUACCCAAUGGAUGCAGAUUUGGAGGAAGAAAUGUUUCGACUUGCAGAAACAAGUCAAGUACGAGGUGUUGUAGAAACAUUCGAGCCACCACCAAGUUUGACACUUCCGCGAGAUGGUGAUGAUACUGAUAGGGAAGUAUACGAUAAUACUCUUCAAUUCUCAUCCCCCACUUCUCGAGGGUCUGGUUCUGGUAAACUACCUCGGGUACAAUCUACUGAUCUGUCUAGUCCCUCUAAGCCACCAGCAACAAACGAAGAUGCUGAUUGGAGAUAUAUAAAAUCAACAACCAUGGAGUCAAUCAAAACUCCAAUUCCUCAGCAUACAGAGAUUCUUGCCCCUUCACUGAAAGAGAAAGCCUCCGAAAAAUCGCCUUCGUCUAUUGCGACCGUUCAAACUAAUUUAUCAAAAAUAUGGCUUGAUGAUAGUCAUGAAUAUCUACCUCUAACACCAUUCGCUCGCCCAAAGUUUCCCCCAUUAGUUCAAGAUCGAUGCCCAGUCAAUGGAUUAUCAUCCCAAACCAUUCUUCGUGUCUGUUUCCGGAUUGGUGAGAUGCUGAGAGAGGGGGGUCGAUGUAAUGCAUUAGGUCAGGAUGCAAUUGUUGAACUCUUCGCGCGUGUCAAUUUCUCAUCCCGAGAACCUGGUACUACCAAGCAGCAUUUUCAAUUCGCAGACCUGUUUCAUGAUCGUCCGCCAUUUGCCAAGGGCAUUCUAGCAAACUUCAAGACCACUGGUCUAGCAGAGAGUGAGAGUAAAGUCUUCAUCGAGUCAAGCGAAACGUUGAUGACAAGAUGUUUGGGAAGAUUGAAGAAGGAUGUCAAAAAUGGAUCUUGGUUGUUGCAUAUUAUUAAUGUGAGAGUGACAGAUUGGGAAGAGAUUAGAUGGACCAAAAGGAUUGUCUGUGGAGAGCGUGAAGAAAAAAUGAAGACGACUGCUAGAUUGUGA